AUGGCUGCUGAUAUUUCAUGGGAUGAAAUAAAAAAGGAGCAUGUUGAUCUUGUUAGUGAAAAGAUUCCGGUGGAAGAAGUCAUCAAGCUGGGUGAUAUUGUCCCUGCGGACGCUCGUCUUCUGGAAGGUGAUCCUCUUAAGAUCGACCAAUCUGCCCUUACUGGUGAAUCUCUUCCCGCCACUAAAUAUCCUGGAGAUGAAGUAUUCUCUGGUUCGACUUGUAAACAAGGUGAGAUCGAGGCUGUUGUCAUUGCCACUGGUGUGCAUACUUUCUUUGGCAAGGCAGCACACCUUGUUGACAGCACUAACAACGUUGGCCAUUUCCAAAAGGUUUUCCCUAAAAACGUAGACAAGGAUACUGUGAUAUUACUUUCAGCUAGGGCUUCAAGAACAGAGAAUCAAGAUGCUAUUGAUGCGUGCAUUGUUAAUAUGCUAGGUGAUCCAAAAGAAGCAAGAGCUGGAAUAACUGAAGUGCAUUUCUUGCCAUUCAAUCCAGUAGAAAAAAGAACAGCGAUCACAUACAUUGAUAGCAAUGGAGAAUGGCAUAGAAGCAGCAAAGGUGCUCCUGAACAAAUUAUUACUCUAUGUGAACUCAAAGGAGAGACGAAGAAACGAGCAGAUGACAUCAUUGAUAAGUUUGCUGAGCGUGGCCUUCGUUCACUCGGGAUAGCACGUCAGAAGGUUCCUGAGAAGGACAAAGAAAGCGCAGGGACGCCAUGGGAGUUUGUUGGUCUUUUGCCACUCUUUGACCCUCCAAGACAUGAUAGUGCAGAGACCAUUAGACGAGCCCUUGAUCUUGGUGUAAAUGUUAAGAUGAUCACCGGAGACCAAUUGGCGAUUGGUAAAGAAACUGGUCGCAGGCUUGGAAUGGGAACUAACAUGUAUCCUUCCUCAUCUUUACUCGAAAACAAAGAUGACACCACCGGUGGAGUUCCGGUCGAUGAGCUCAUUGAGAAGGCUGAUGGAUUUGCUGGAGUCUUUCCUGAGCACAAGUACGAGAUUGUAAAGAGACUCCAAGACAAGAAACAUAUCGUUGGUAUGACUGGGGAUGGUGUGAACGAUGCUCCAGCGCUAAAAAAAGCUGACAUCGGUAUAGCAGUGGAUGAUGCAACUGAUGCGGCAAGAAGCGCUUCAGAUAUAGUCUUGACCGAGCCAGGUCUUAGUGUCAUAAUUAGCGCGGUGCUCACCAGCCGAGCUAUCUUUCAACGAAUGAAAAAUUACACAAUAUAUGCUGUUUCCAUCACCAUCCGUAUAGUCCUAGGCUUCAUGCUUGUAGCUCUCAUUUGGGAGUUUGACUUUUCUCCCUUUAUGGUCCUUAUUAUCGCAAUCUUGAACGAUGGGACGAUCAUGACCAUUUCAAAAGACAGAGUCAAACCUUCGCCAAUCCCUGAUUCAUGGAAGCUUAAAGAGAUCUUUGCUACUGGAGUUGUUCUUGGAACGUACAUGGCUCUCAUUACUGUUGUCUUCUUCUGGCUAGCUCAUGACACUGAUUUCUUUCCGGAUAAAUUUGGAGUAAGAUCAUUACAAGGCAAAAACGAGGAGCUAAUAGCAGUUUUGUAUUUGCAAGUCAGUAUAAUUAGCCAAGCUCUCAUCUUUGUCACACGAUCAAGGAGUUGGUCUUUCGUGGAACGUCCUGGAUUUCUUCUUCUCAUUGCUUUCCUCGUUGCCCAACUGGUUGCAACCUUGAUAGCAGCUUUAGCACAUUGGGAAUUUGCGAGAAUCAAAGGGUGCGGAUGGGGAUGGUGUGGAGUCAUCUGGAUUUACAGUCUCAUCACAUACAUUCCUCUUGACAUCCUCAAGUUUAUCACCCGUUACACCCUUAGUGGCAAAGCUUGGAAUAACAUGAUCGAAAAUAGGACCGCAUUCACAACCAAGAAAGACUACGGAAGGGGAGAAAGAGAGGCCCAGUGGGCUCUGGCUCAACGUACACUCCAUGGACUUAAACCACCCGAGUCAAUGUUCGAAGAUACGGCAACCUACACUGAGCUCUCUGAGAUCGCUGAACAAGCUAAAAAACGUGCAGAAGUUGCCAGGCUACGAGAAGUGCACACCCUUAAGGGCCACGUUGAAUCAGUUGUAAAGCUUAAAGGCCUUGAUAUUGACAAUCUUAACCAACACUACACCGUCUAAGCCAAACUACAAUGACAUUUCAAGAGAAGACGUAUGACGACAAUUCGAAAAAAAAACUUGGAGAAAAUGGUUUCAGAAAGAUCAAAAAGAAAAAGGAGAUCGUUUUGAUUUAGAUUAAUUAAUAUCAUUCGUUUUGAUUACAUUUUUCUUGCUUAAGAGAUUAUAUAACCAGUGGAAAGUUUCAUAGCAUGAAAUAAAACCAAAAGGAGAAGAAGAAGUUGCUGGUUGGCUGAGUGAGAUUGGAAUAAAGAAAAAAAAUGAGACACAUUGGCGAUGUGAUAAACUCAUUAGCGAUCUUUUUUUUUUGGUUAUCAGCCCUUUUAUGUUUUUUUUUAUAAUAAGAUAGUAAGGUUGAUAAUGAUAGAAAUUAGUUUUGUUUUAGCAGUAAUAAACACCAAUAAAUUUCUUCUAAUUAACUAGUUUGACUUUCAAAUAAUUUGCGUUAUUCUUUCCAAGUCUUUUUUUUAAUUAUUA